GCCUACAAGUCCCAACGAGCAUUUCCGCUAUCACCAUAGCAGCGGGAAGAGGUUUGUGUCCCCCAUCAUGGAGAGCCAGAGUCGGCUCUUUGCAGCGAUCCUACCGGCUGCUGGACGGGAAUAUGUCUCUAAUGAAAACGAGCAAGGCCUCGAGGUGCGAGCGGUUCACCGUCAGAGUCCCGGUAACCGGAUCAGGGAGGUCCAGGUGACCGGAACAGCUGAAGUGAGCUGCCCAGCGGACCGAGUGUGUGUGCGGGUCAGUGUUGGCAGCAGCAAAGAGUCAGUCAACGAGGUGACCACCAGCGUUUCACGGAGACUAGACUACAUUUUACAGACUGUCAGACAACACGGUGUCAGUGACAAAGACACCUCCGUGAGAAAGUUUCUUCACCGAGAGGUUGACCAGUAUCACAUGGAUGCAGAGGUGGUAGUGACUUUCUUAGAUUUUGAGAAGAUGGAGAGAGUGUGUAGUGUCCUGCUGGAGAAGCUGGACAAGAGUGUUUGUGUGGGAACACCCCAGUUCUACCACAGUACUGAAUGCCUGAGCCAAAUGAGGCGGCGUGUUUGUGUGUCAGCAGUUGAAAAUGCUCAGCAGAAGGCCUGUGAAGUCAGUCAGCUCCUCGGUCAGACUCUGGGACCUCCUCUACUGAUCAGAGAGGAGGAGACGAAAGAGUGGAGGAGUGAGGAUGAGGAGGAGAGAGGCAGAAGCCAGGGUGCUGCAACCCUCUUUCAUCUCCCCUGCACACCCACAAUCACUGCCUCCUCACGGGUGUCUGUGUCCUUCAGCCUCAGAGACAGAAGAGGAAAAAAACUCUGACAACGUUUCUCAUGGACUCAGGAAACAGACGAGGGGACUGUCACUGUUAAAAUGAUUUUAUUGCAUAGCUGCAAAGUGCAUUUUUCAAGUCUUUUUCUACCUCAGCUGAGACAGGAUUUUAAAUUUAAAGGUAAAUGUACUUCAUUUUGACAAAACAUUUUUUCCUUACAGUAUUUUCUGACUAUUUUCAUUAAUCCACAUCAAAUGUCUUUAAAAAUCAGGCUACCUUCAAAGUAAAAGUUUAUUUUUA